UUAUCUCUUGUAUAAUGCUAAAUUACAAUGUUAUUAUUUGAAUGUUGCAUGACAGAUCGUAAUUUACGUCGUCUUCAUGGUCAAACGGAACACAAAUAAUAGGUGUUGAUCAGCCAAGUGUUCUUGCCCAAGACCACCAUGUCUCGUGCCCGUCCACCCCCGCUUGUCACAGGCAUCUCACCCAAAGAGGGUGUGGCCUGGACCAAAGUUACUAUUCGUGGUGAAAACUUGGGCACGGGCUCAGCUGAUCUCAUUGGUCUUUCAAUCUGUGGUCAUAACUGCCUGCUAACAGCAGAGUGGAUGUCAGCCAGCAAAAUAGUGUGUCGGGUGGGCCCAGCAAAAGAUGACAAGGGAGAGAUCAAUGUCACAACUAAGUCUGGAGGUCUUGGGACCUCCACAGUUUCAUUCAAAUUGCUUAGACCGGAAAGGAUUGGUAUUUUGGACCAGUCGGCUGUAUGGGUAGAGGAACUAAACUACUACGACAUGAGGACUGACCGCAACAAAGGCAUCUCACCUCUCUCCCUCCGACCCAACAAUCCACUGGGUAUCGAAAUAGACAAAGGAAAGUUCCCGCUGAAAGACAUCGAGGUGACAUUUCCAGGGAUGAGUGGUGACUUCACCAGUGAGAACUUCUCUGCCACAUGGUAUCUCAUCGAAAACCAUGCAGGCACGAGUUUCGAGCAGUUAAAGAUUGCUGCCAGCAAUCUGAAAAAGCAGGCCAACAAGAAGAAUGAGGGGAGUCUGGCCUAUGUAAAAGGAGGACUCAGUACUUUCUUUGAGGCUCAGGACGCUCUGGCAGCGAUCCAUCAGAGGCAGGAUUCAGACGGUGCUGAAAGAGUCGAGGAAUCAAUGACCCAACGCUUGGAAGUCAUCCUCAACAGAGCCAGUGACACUGCAGAUACACUUUUCCAGGAGGUUUUGGGCCGGAAAGACAAAGCCGACUCCACACGCAAUGCACUCAACGUCCUGCAGCGUUUUAAGUUUCUUUUUAACCUGCCACUUAACAUUGAGCGCAAUAUCCAGAAGGGUGAUUAUGAUGUGGUGAUAAAUGACUACGAGAAGGCAAAAUCUCUUUUUGGCAAAACAGAGGUCCCUGUUUUUAAAAAAGUGUAUGCAGAGGUUGAGACAAGGAUCAGGGCUCUCAGGAGCUUACUUCUGGAAAAAUUGCUGCAGACUCCCUCAACACUACAUGAUCAGAAAAGAUAUAUCAGAUACCUGUCUGACCUGCAUGCUCCGGGUGACCCAGCGUGGCAGUGCAUCUACGCUCAGCACAAAUGGAUACUGCAGCUGAUGCAAGACUGCAGAGAUGAGUUUAUCGGUGGCCAGAGAGUCUGUGUAGGAGCUCUGGAUCUGGAGGGGGGUACUCGUCCGUCGGCCCUCACCGGGCUAAACCACACAUCAUCUUUGAAGAGAGGGGGUAGCCUGCAAAUGACAAGACAUAGCAACUGGCGCUUUGAAACCCCUCAGCAGGUGCAAUUUGUGGAAAAGCUUUCAGACGUGGUGAUUGGCCAGCUGCCUAACUUCUGGAAGCUUUGGAUUUCUUAUGUUAAUGGGAGUCUUUUUAGUGAGACUGGAGAAAAAUCUGGACAAGUGGAAAAAUCUAAGAAGAAUGCCCGACAACGACAAAAUGAUUUCAAAAAAAUGAUUGAGGAACUGACCAAUCGAUUAGUUAAGUUUGUCCGUGGGGCCCUCCUUCCCACUACACUGCCACAAGGGGAGCAAAGUCUUUAUGGAGGGUGGGAGAACAAGACAGAACUUUCUGGGACCUGGCUCACGCAAAUUAUUCACACUGUCAGGGGUUGUUUUGAAGCUUUGUCUACCUUGGAGAUCCCAAAUGAUCUGUUGCAGGUGAUCCAGGAUCUGCUGCUGGAAUUGAGAGUUCACUGCCUCAUGGUGGCACUGCUGCACACUACAGAUGAUGUCAGGAGCCUGGCUGAGAAGGAAGACUGGGUGGUAGAUAAUGAGGGCCUUACUGGGCUGCCAUCUCAGUUUGAACAGUCUGUGGUCCAGAUGCUGCAGUCACUCAGAGAGCCUCUGGAGAUCAAACCAGGAGAGAUCAAUAUACUACAGCUGGACCAAGUUCAAGACCAAGCCUCAGACCUCUGCGUGAGCAUCAUGAAGGUUUUUAUCAACUGCCUGGAACAACUAAGCACAAACAGAGAUGGAGACGUGACUAAAUCUCACAUUUCCAUGGAUUUGUCCUCUCCGGAUCGGUUUAACAACAUGCAGGAGUGCCGCAGCCCAACAUCUGAACAACGCUUGCUUAUAAUCCUCAGUAACUGCCAUUACCUGGAGAGACGCACUUUUCUCAAUCUGGCUGAUCACUUUGAGAAGCAUGGAUUGACAGGCACUGAGAAAAUCACACGGGUGAGCAUGGUCGCUGUUCGGGAACUGGAGGAAAAACUUUUCGAUACUUACAUUGAAAGGAGAGCUGACCCGAUCGCAGGCUCUCUGGAGCCUGGUAUCUACGCUGGAUACUUCGACUGGAGAGACUGUCCAACUCCUACAGGGGUGAGGAGCUACUUAAAGGAAGCCCUGGUCAAUAUCAUCACAGUUCACGCUGAGGUCUUUACCAUCUCCAAGGACUUGGUUCCUUGUGUGUUGUCAAAAAUUCUUGCAGCAGUUGCGGACGAGAUGUGUCGUCUUAUGCAGUGCGUAUCGUCCUUCAGCAAAAAUGGUGCCCUGCAGGCUCGACUUGAACUUUGUGCUCUGAGAGAUGCCAUAGCGGCAUACCUAAAUGGUGAAAGCAAUGCCAGCUUUGAAAUGGCGUUAGACGCCCUUCCUCAAUUACACAGCGCAUCCGACAAAAAGUUACUGGAGGAACUGUUGAAUAAGUUUAAGAGCAGCAUGCAGCUCCAGCUUACCUGCUUCCAGCCUUCCUAUGUUCAGCCUGUGAAGAGAUAAACCGGUCCCACAUAUUCUUUCUCAUCUUUGUGCAGUUCGCAAGACAACUUCGUGUCACUUUCAUUUUGUACUUCACUGGCUGCCUGCUGUCUUAAACACCAAUUGAAUUUACUGUGACUGUGUUGGAGAGUCCCAUUUAUCAUGCAUAUGCCAAUUCUAUCUGGUUGCUCGUAGGCCAACAGACUGUGACAGUGACCUUGACAAUGUUCAAGGUCGUUAUUCCCACAAUGAUUAAUGAGGGUGGCAUAUGUUGCCAUGACAGGAAAAUUACAAUUACUGUCCUAUAAAAAUGGGAUAUACUGUAUUCCACUUUUAUUUUGGUCAGUCUAUACAACAGUCCAGUCCUUGUGCAGCAGUGGCUCACGAUCUCCGUUCAUUCAGUAUUUAUUAGAUAGAGUUCAUUUCUGACUUCUAAAGUUCUUCCAAGCUAAACUUAUCCAGCCAUGGAUCAGGACCUUGCUUUGUGCACUGUUUGUCACAGUUCUGUCAGUCAUGUUACCCUUAUCUAUUGCAAAUGUUUUUCCCCUUCUACGGUAUGUUAUUAAAACACCUCCAUGUUCAGCCAAGAAAGUCCCUUUUUGAAGCAUUCGUUAGCUAAAAUUGGAUAACAUCAGUCAGCAUGCAUCGAUUUAUUGUUUAGAGCACGGGUGUCAACCUAAUUUUUAUUGCUACAUUGACGUUGGCUUAAAAGGGUUAGUUAUAACAGUGAAACCACAUAAAUAUAUAUUUGCCGCAUCAGCUUAUUAUAUUCAGUCCAUGCCACUACAUUUUAUGAUAAAUUUGAAAGAAAUUAACUAGGGGGUCUGUCUAACUGACGUAAAUGUUUUGGCAUUCGCUUCUUUGUUAUUUAAAUAAUAUAUUUAAAUAAAUAAAAAUAAAAAAAAAUAAAUAAUUAUUUAAAUAAUAAUGAUUUUUACUGCACCACAUACAUUCGCACAUCCUUUGGAGAGCUGCUUGGUCUGGGUGCGGCUGACAUUCCAGGUCAUCAUUCCCUUGUGACCGUCUCGCCUCACCCCCACCAAUCUGCCCCAAUUUUAAUGCACGACAACCCAACAAACAUGUUCACGGUACUGGGGCAAUGGUUGCCAGUCGAGGACCUGAUAACCAUAGUAAUAGGGUGAGUGGUGGGUAUUGACAGUUCUCUUCGGUUUUUGGGCUGCAGGGAGAAGGGGGUCUCCUCCCUCUUGAGUCCCUACCUUCCUCUCCCCUCUCCUGGCGCCCUCGCCCGUCAUUGCUCUCGCCAGGUGCUUGACAUGGGCUCGUUUUUGAUGGGCUGUGACCUUUUCAGGUGGCAGCUAGCGCUUGCGUUGGGCCCAGUUGGUGGUUGGGGUCCCCAGUGCUAUCCGGAGGUGGCAGGGGUGGUGGCAGCGCUGAGGCACGCUGGGUGGGGUGAGGGGUUGGCCGUGACCCUUGCCCUGCCCUUUGGGAUUCCCCCCUUCCUGGGGAAUGGAUGGCAUCCCACUUGGUAACUCCCUCGCAGGUUGGGCUCGCUGGCUUGCCCCCCAAUGGUGGAGGUGGCCGGGCAACUCCGUACACCAGUUGUCUUAAAAUGCAUGUGAUAAUAGUGUUCAUUAACUAACUAGUUUCAUAGACACGCUAUAUGCUUUAAUUGCUUGUACUGGGACCACUAAUAAUAGCACAGGUUAUAUUAAGAUAUCAACUCACAGGUUCUUACAGGUGUUUUGACACUAUAAAAAGCAUCCCACCACACCACUCAUCAGUAGCACUACCUUGCUCAUUUCUCUCAUCCUGCCCUGUUGGUUAGUUGUUGCAUGUCCUCACCGGGUGGCCCCCCUCUCCACAAAUAAGAACACAAUGUGACUGUUGCAACGUAACUUAAUUGUUCUGCUGUGUUCCCACUCCUAUUCCCCUUGUCCACUCUGUCCCUCUGUCUGUCCCCUAAAACACUGUUUUGUCCAGCUGCAUUUUCAAUCAACAUCAUAAUACAACCCCAAUUCCAAUGGAGUUGUGACGUUGUGUUAAACAUAAAUAAAUACAGAAUACAAUGAUUUGCAAAUCAUGUUCAACCUAUAUUUAAUUGAAUACACUACAAAGACAAGAUAUUUAAUUUUCAAACUGAUAAACUUUAUUGUUUUUACAAAUAAUCAUUAACUUAGAAUUUUAUGUCUGCAACACGUUCCAAAAAAGCUGGGACAGAGUCAUUUUACCACUGUGUUACAUCACCUUUUCUUUUAACAUUCAAUAAACAUUUGGGAACUGAGGACACUUAUUGUUGAAGCUUUGUAGGUGGAAUUCUUUCCCAUUCUUGCUUCUUCAGCUGUUCAACAGUCUGGGGUCUCCGUUGUCGUAUUAUACGCUUCAUAAUGCGCCACACAUUUUCAAUGGGAGACAGGUCUGGACUGUAGGCAGGCCAGUCUAGUACCCGCACUCUUUUACUACGAAGCCACGCGGUUGUAACACGUGCAGAAUGUGGUUUGGCAUUGUCUUGCUGAAAUAAGCCAGACAGCUUAAAGGAAGUGCAGGGCACAGAUGAAACAGCACCCGCCAUUGCAAAUUUCUUACCAUAAUUUCAAGACAGGUCUGACAAUAAUGUGUGGAAUAUAGUAAUUUUCAAUGUGCCUUGCUUGAAUGGAAUGAAUGCUUGAAUGGUGCAAAGACAUUUUUUGCAGACAGUUGGUGUGCACGCUUACUCGCUUUGAGUCAAACGGCGGGUGCUGUUUCAUCUGUGUUCUGCACUUCCUUUAAGCUGUCUGGCAUGUCAUUGUCUCACAUUCACAGAACACGGGGUGUGUGCCGGGUGUGGUCCACCAAGGGCCGUUACACAGAAGAUUUUUUUUGCUAUCUGCUUCAAUGCUGAGGCAGAUAUUCACCAGUUUGGGCUCACUGAUAAUGCAGUCACAAUCCAGCCGUCAACUCUCAAUUUGAAAUGGAAUCUGUCUAAUCCACUGGUAUAAAUCAAAUGCCAAGUUUCUCAUCUACAUUUAUACCGUAGACAGCUUGUGUUACUUUGAUUGUCUGUAUUCUACUCUUAGCGUCCUGUCGUCCCACAAAUUCAUUCAUAAAACAGGUUCUCAUCUCUCUGCCAGGUUUGGUUACAGAGAAGGCUAUAUGUGAGAGUGAGAAUCCUGCUACCCUGUUCUGUUAAUACACAAAUCUGCAAGAUAUGGAAAUCUACAUGGAAACAUGUUUCCUAUAUGCCAAAGCAUCCCCCCUUUGUUAUAUGCAGUAGUAGUAGUAACAGUUCUGUUUCAGUGUGGGAUUAUGAGUGAGACUGGCUGGGCUGUUGUUGCUGGUGCACCUAUUCCGUGUUGGCUUUGUUUGUCUAAAUCCUUAUGGGAAAUUGCAAAUGAAUGCAUUGUCUCAUUAUUAAUGUAUUUAGCCAGUAGCAUGUAUUUUAAUGAAAUUUACACAAAGUGGACAGAAUUGUUGCUACCCUUCCAUGAAGACAAACCCAUAAAGGUCACUGAUAGACCUUAAAAACUGACAAAAGGAAUGAAUUAAUAACUCAAAAUAUACUCAUGCAAGUCUGGCAUUUUCAUUUUCAUUCAGACAAUUUCUAUAACUGUCUGCACCUCCAGCGCUCUCAAGUUUGAAGGGUGAGUUCUCCAGACUGUUUCUGCUCUUUCCAUACAUUCAAUUGGAAUUAGACCAGAGCGCUUCAAAAAAAAAAUAAAAAAUCCAAUGUUUUAUUUUUAGCCUUGCAUCUGUAAACACAGAACUGAUGUAACAGUUUUUUGUUUCCUCUGUUCAAAAGACAUUCUCCCAUUUUGUGACGCUCUUGUUAUAAUAGUAAUUGAAUAUGCAUUAGUCUCAGGUUUCUUGUCAAAUGUCAGUUCUGCAUGAUAAUGUAAUUCAUGUUCCUUUC